GACCUAGAAACCCCCGCGACGCUGCCACAUGCGCGACCACUUUUCGCAAGGAAGGUCUAGGGUGCCCAGCAAAGUACGCCCAGCGCGUGUUAACGUCCUAACCCCUCUCAACUGUUUGCGGUCUAAUUUCGAGCGAAUAGGCGACCAAAAUAAACAUGACUGCUUAAAGCGCUUUUCUGCAAACCUACCCACUCUUUUUCGGCUUCCAACUUUUGUUGCUGAGUCUCAACCCCAGCUAGAGCCAACCGACUGUUCUCCCAGUUAUCGUCGCGAACUUCUGUCUUCCUGAUAUCUCACACUUCAAUCUAUACUCGGUUAUAUUUCUGCUUCACUACCAACCUCCAACAUGUCGGUUGUGUCGCUUCUCGGGGUCAAUGUGAUGAACAAUCCCGCCAAGUUCACCGACAAGUACGAAUUCGAAAUCACCUUUGAAUGUCUGGAGCCAUUGCAGAAGGACCUCGAAUGGAGACUCACGUACGUCGGCUCGGCGCAGUCGGACAACUACGACCAGCUGCUGGACGAGCUGCUCGUGGGGCCGAUCCCCGUGGGCAUUAACAAGUUUGUGUUUGAGGCGGACCCCCCCGACACCAAGCGCAUCCCCAUCGACGAGCUGCUCGGCGUGACCGUCAUCCUGCUCACGUGCGCCUACGACGGCCGCGAGUUUGUGCGCGUCGGCUACUACGUCAACAACGAGUACGAGAGCGAGGAGCUGGCCAACGAUCCUCCCGCCAAGCCCGUCAUCGAAAAGAUUCGCCGCAAUGUGCUCGCCGAGAAGCCGCGCGUGACGCGGUUUGCCAUCAAGUGGGAUUCCGAGGCUUCGGCUCCUGCAGAGUUUCCUCCUGAGCAGCCGGAAGCCGAUCUUGUUGCCGAUGAGGAAGAGUACGGCGCUGAGGAGCUCGAGGAGGAAGAGGCUGUCGAAGGUGCCGCAAACGGCGAAGAGGUUGGAGACAAGGAUGCUCAGAUGGAAGGUGUUGAGGGCGAGAACGGGGUUGAGGAGGACGAAAUGUCCGACGACGGCAGUGUGGACAUCGAGGACGAGAGUGAAGAGGAGCUUCUCGAAGAGGAGGAGGGUGGAGAGAUGGAGACUGGUGAGGGCAACGAGAUGGAGGUGGAUGAGCCCGACUCUGGUGCCGGAGUCCUCAACAAGCAGGGGGAGGCAAUGGUCCACUAGGGGGGAAUUGAUGGGGUUGCAACCGAAGUUCCAGACGUUGGAGGUUGCCACGCCAGGACUACCUUUUUGCAUGCGGUAGUUUGAGCCUUCGGGGGCUAUGCUCAUACCCUAGACGUUCUGCUUUGUAUGUCUGUACGGGAUUAUAGUCAUAAACCCGCAUUCUGUCACGCCAAUUAGAGCACAUUGUAUGACAACCCAUCAAUGCAUGAG